AUGGGAUCUACAGGAUUACGUUUCUAUGGACACUGUGUUGUCAUGUUCCUUCUUCAGAUGAUCACACCAAGCUCAGAGAAGUUCACAGUGACUGGCUCAGAGGGGCCAGUCUUGACUCCACUGGGUGGAACCCUGGAACUCAGUUGUCAGUUGUCUCCACCACAAAAUGCACAGCACAUGGAGAUACGCUGGUUCCGGAACCAUUAUACACAGCCAGUACACCUGUAUAGGGGUGGUAAAGACCUGCAUGGAGAAACUAUCUCUAAGUAUGUGGAGAGGACAGAACUCCUGAAAGAUGCCAUUGGAGAAGGAAAAGUGACCCUCAGGAUCCUUAGCGUGACUGUUGAUGAUGAUGGUCCUUACCACUGUGUCUUCAAAGAUGGCGAUUUUUAUGAAGAGCACAUAACAGAGGUCAAGGUCACAGCUGUGAACUUGCGGGUACAGAUCCACCUGCAUCCUCCUAAUACCAAAGGUUUAAUAGUGGAGUGUCACUCUGGAGGUUGGUUCCCACGGCCUCUCAUAGAAUGGAGAGAUGGCAGAGGAGAGGUCAUUCCAGCUGCAUCAAAAUCUCAUUCACAGGAUGGAGACAAACUGUUCAUUAUGAACACAACCCUUCUCGUUAAAGACAGCUCCUCCCAGAAAGUCAUUUGCUGCUUUCAGAACCCUCUGACAGGUCAAGAGCAAAGGACAAGUGUUGUCCUAUCAGAUGCAUUUUUUUCAUGGAAUAAGAUUUGGAAAACAAUUCUGGGUAUAAUAUUACUUGUGAUGGUGUUCUCUAUAAUGGUUUCCAGUUUUCAGCUAUAUUACAGACACAAAGUUUGCAUCUGUAGCACCUGCGCUGCUCCUUGGGUGAUGGGCAUAUUGAUAAUGAUGUUUUCAGGAUUGAUUGUCAUAGGACUCAUGGUGUGGUUGUAUAUGAAAGAAAGAGUUCCUGUUUCAGAUGCACAUUUUGAAUUGGAUACUUUGUGGUUGGAAGAUAUAAGUGUCAUCCUGUGUGCACUGAUGGUUUCUGCCACCAUGCUCAUUUCUUAUGUAUACUUCAGAUUGAGAGGUAAAUGGGAUGAGAAGUGUGUCAACUCAUAG